AUGGUCAACAUCACCCAUGGCAAGUGCACUGGAUCCCGAUGCGGAGAAUGCCUCAUUAAAGACGGAUGCUCCUGGUGUAAAGACACGAAUUUUACAUCAAUGCGAUGUGCAAAUGAAUCUCAGUUGAAGACAGGGAACUGCACAAACAUAGUUACCAGAAAAGCCCAUAAAAUGAAGCUGGUGGAGAACAACGACUUUUCUGAUGGAGGGACACGGCAAGAUUCUGUUCAGAUAAAGCCACAACACGUAAAAAUUAGACUAGUUCCCAACAAGGAAUUUACAGGACUCAAAAUACAAUACAAAAUUGCAAAGAAUUUUCCUUUGGACUUAUACUUUUUGAAUGAUCCCUCAUAUACCAUGAUCGAACUAAAGGAAAAAUUAUCAACACUCGCCAGGGAAAUUGCCCAAGAUAUAAAAAAUCUAACAACAAAUUUUCAGUUUGGGCUAGGAACAGCCAUGGAUAAAGUCAUUUUGCCAUUUACACGAACGUCAACUAAAUACAUAGAAAAUCCUUGUUCAGGAACUAAACAAAAGUGUGAAAAACCAUACUCUUAUCGACAUCGACUAAACUUCACAAGAAACAUAACCUUGUUCCAGGAUGCUGUAGAUGCUAUUAUGACUACGGCCAAUUUUGACAAACCAGAGGGCAUGUUCGAUGGUCUAUUACAAGCAAUGGUUUGCAAAGAUAAAAUCGGUUGGAGGAAAAAAGCAAGGCGGAUGUUGUUAUAUGCCACAGAUAUCAACUUCCACCAGGCCGGAGACGGGCGGCUAGCUGGAAUCCUUGAACCGAAUGACGGCCUCUGCCACUUAGAUUCGACCGGUUUUUAUACGAAGGCUGAAGUACAGGACUACCCGUCAGUUGGACAAAUCAUCCAAAAAGCGUUAGAAAACAACGUAAACGUAAUAUUUGUAAUUGGCGGAAAUUCCUCUCAAUUAAACAAUCAACAGGUACGGAGUCAUUACUAUGACAACCUAGCCCAAUUACUGCCGGGUGUUAUCACAGAGGCCUCAAGCCUUUCUACAAGUGCAAGUAAUAUCCUAGAAAUCGUCAGGAAAAACUACGAGAAACUUCAAGGGACGGUAAAAUUGCUUAUAGACAAGGAUGAUAAAAAAUUGGAUGUUACAAUAUACACAAACUGUAGAACUGGGCGAAAGCCGGACAAAACUAAUAUCUGCGAGAGACUCACGAAUAACAAGACGGUUACCUUUAUCCCGCUUGUGAAAUCUAACUUUGACACCUGUCCUGAACAAAGAAACCUUACCUUCUCCAUUUUCCCUGAGGGUCUGGAGGAGCGUGUUCGGGUUGAUAUAGAACACGUGUGUGAUUGUGAUUGCGAGUUAGAACCAGAAGUGGAGCCAAGUAGUCCCAAAUGCAGUUUUAAUGGAACUUUUGAGUGUGGGAUCUGUAAAUGUAACCCUGGGUGGAUAGGAGAGAGCUGUGAGUGUGAUAAUCGAGGGACAGCCGAAGAAAAAUGUGGAACAGAAAAUGGAAUCUGUAAUAACGCGGGAAAUUGUAUAUGCCGGAAGUGUGAAUGUUUCAAAGGCUACAGUGGAAACAAAUGUGAAUGUAAUGACGAGAAUUGUAGGACCUACAACAAACUUCUCUGUGGUGGACCAUCACAGGGACGCUGUGACUGUGGACAAUGCGUCUGUAAUGCAAAUUAUACCGGGAAUGCCUGUGAAUGCUUGACUUCCACUGACCCUUGUAAAAAUAACAACGGGACAAUUUGCUCUGGUAAUGGAGAGUGCGAAUGUGGACGCUGUCGUUGUAAUUCUGGUUGGCGGGGAACACUGUGCAACAGCUGCACCAGUUGUCCUGGAAUCUGCAAUAACAAUAAGGACUGUGCUGAGUGUGUGGCCUUUAAUCAAGGAAAGUAUAACACUACCCUCUGCCAAAAUCGGUGUAAUAACGUCUGGACUGCUCCACUACUCAAACCGGCUACCAAAGAAGAUGACAAUGCUACUGUUAAAAUAAAAUCCUGUAUGACAGAGGACAGUUUCGGAUGCAUUAUAAGCUUUAAUGUCUAUGAUAGCGAACUUGGACAGGAAGUUGUGGUCAAAGAUACAAAGAGAUGCCCUGCAGGUCCACCAAAUCUGCUGUUAGUAGGACUCAGCAUUUCUGGAGCCAUUUUUCUAGUUGGCCUGUUGCUUUUACUGCUCUGGAAGCUAUUGACAAUGUUAUAUGAUAGUAUGGAGUACUCAAGAUUUGAAUCUGAAAUCAAGGAUCCGGCUUGGGAGAAGUCUGAAAAUCCUAUCUACAAGGAGUGUGUCACAACAGUACAAAACCCAAUGCAUGAAUCCGGUUUCAACCAAGACAACAUUGACGAUAACGAUGGCAUGGAUUUUUUAAAGGCCCAAGAAACCUAAGGGAAGAAAAAAAAAUAACACUUAUUUUUGAUUUUGCAUUUUGUGAAGUCCACGGGGCAAAUGAAAAAUUCAU